CACCUUCAUGCAGCUCCCAACCUAGGCUAAGAAACUGCUUGACAGUCCCGUCCACACCUGAUUGACAGAAGGGAGUCAAGGCCCAGGAGGCGGGUGUGGGUGUGUAGGGGCGGAGACAAACCCAAACCGCACGCUGAGAGCUUUCCGUCCUAGACAGCCUGGGUCUGGUGCCACCUAUCCCGCCCGGUUCCCCAGUGACUUCGCUGAAGCUCUCAGAGCCAGAAAAGGAUUACGGAGUGUCCGCCGAGGCUACAGACUUCAAGAAGGGGGCAGGGAAGCCAGCGGCCUGGGGCUCCACUUCCUUGGAAGCCUCAGCCACAACCCGGACUGUAACUCACGGCUCCCUCCCUCCGGGGGGGCUCAGGGCUGAGAUCCGCCUCACCACUCCCUCCUCCUACCCACGAGCUGCCUCCGCCUCCUUCCUCUGCCUCCACCCUCAACCCCUAACCUGAUCUGCCUUGAGCUCGGAUCUUCAUCUGCCCGAGCUCUGGAUGUGGGCGCCGGACAAGUCCACGGCGCCUCCACCCAAGAUGGACAGCCGCUACACAAGCACUGCCGGCAUCGGGGACUUGAACCAGUUGAGUGCAGCCAUCCCGGCCACGCGGGUGGAGGUGUCCGUGUCCUGCAGAAAUCUUCUUGACAGAGACACAUUUUCUAAAUCUGAUCCAAUCUGUGUCUUAUACGUACAAGGAAUUGGAAAUAAAGAAUGGAGAGAGUUUGGAAGGACUGAAGUAAUUGAUAAUACAUUAAAUCCGGAUUUUGUAAGAAAAUUUAUUCUGGACUACUUUUUUGAAGAAAAGGAGAACCUUCGUUUUGAUUUGUACGAUGUAGACUCAAAGAGCCCCAACUUGUCCAAACAUGACUUUCUGGGACAAGUGUUUUGUACAUUGGGGGAGAUUGUUGGUUCACAGGGAAGUCGCCUGGAAAAGCCAAUAGUAGGUAUUCCAGGGAAGAAAUGUGGCACUAUCAUACUUACAGCAGAGGAAUUAAACUGUUGCAGGGAUGCUGUUCUGAUGCAAUUUUGUGCUAACAAAUUGGACAAGAAGGACUUCUUUGGAAAAUCAGAUCCUUUUCUUGUAUUUUAUCGAAGUAAUGAAGAUGGCAGUUUUACAAUUUGUCAUAAAACAGAAGUCGUGAAAAACACUCUGAAUCCUGUUUGGCAAGCAUUCAAGAUCUCAGUCAGAGCGUUGUGUAAUGGCGACUAUGACAGAACAAUCAAAGUAGAGGUGUAUGACUGGGACCGAGACGGCAGUCACGAUUUCAUUGGAGAAUUUACAACAAGCUAUAGGGAACUUUCUAGAGGGCAAUCACAAUUCAAUGUAUAUGAGGUGGUGAAUCCCAAAAAGAAAGUAAAAAAGAAAAAAUAUAUCAAUUCAGGAACAGUAACUUUACUCUCUUUUUUGGUAGAAACAGAAGUUUCAUUCCUUGACUAUAUUAAAGGAGGAACACAAAUCAAUUUCACAGUGGCUAUUGACUUUACAGCGUCAAAUGGCAACCCUGCCCAGCCCACCUCUCUGCACUACAUGAACCCUUACCAGCUGAACGCCUAUGGCAUGGCUCUGAAAGCGGUGGGAGAAAUCGUUCAAGAUUAUGACAGUGAUAAAAUGUUCCCAGCUCUAGGUUUUGGUGCAAAACUGCCUCCAGAUGGAAGGAUAUCUCAUGAGUUUGCUUUGAACGGGAACCCUCAAAACCCCUACUGCGAUGGCAUUGAGGGCGUCAUGGAGGCUUACUAUAGGAGUCUGAAGUCGGUACAGCUGUAUGGGCCAACCAACUUUGCUCCUGUAAUCAAUCACGUAGCCAGGUAUGCUUCUUCUGUAAAGGAUGGCUCCCAGUAUUUUGUGCUCCUGAUUGUGACAGAUGGCGUUAUCUCAGAUAUGGCUCAAACAAAGGAGUCUAUAGUGAAUGCUUCAAAACUUCCGAUGUCAAUAAUUAUAGUUGGUGUUGGACCAGCAGAAUUUGAUGCAAUGAUUGAGUUGGAUGGAGAUGAUGUAAGAGUUUCCUCCAGAGGAAAAUAUGCUGAAAGGGACAUUGUGCAGUUUGUGCCUUUCAGAGAUUAUAUCGACAGAAGCGGAAACCACAUACUGAGUAUGGCUAGAUUGGCGAAAGAUGUCCUAGCUGAGAUCCCUGAGCAGUUCCUCUCUUACAUGAGGGCCCGAGGAAUCAAGCCUUUGCCUGCGCCUCCCCCGUACACCCCACCUACACAUGUGUUACAGACUCAAAUAUGACUGUGCUCCGAAACGUUACCGUGAAUGGCAUGUCAGUUCGAACUGCUGAGUCAGGCUUGGUCCUGAUGCUCUGUAACGAACCAGGGAAUGAGGACCUUUCCUCCAUUUGGUCUCAGCAGUACUGGUUAAUAUGCUUUCUGGGAUCCAAAAUUAUUCUCUUCCUAAACCAAAACUGUAAAUAUGGUUGUUGCAUGAGCAACAGAAAAAUUCUCUGAAUGCUUGAAGCAAAAUAUGGAUGUCUUCUCUGAACAUUUACUUUUCUUUUCUUUUUUUUUUUUUGACAGAAACAGCUAGUUUCCAAUGUGUUGUUGGGGAAAAGCACAAACUAUGUUUUUAACUAAAAUAUUGUCCUCGACUGCUGUAUGUAUAGGAAAGCAGUCUUUCUGUAUCAAUGUUUACAUGUUACUACUUUUUAAAUUUCAAUACUUUUAUAACUGUUCUUAAGAAUAAGAGUUUUGCAUAUUGAAUCCUUUGUCUUCUAAACUGCAAUAGCUAUAAUUACAAGAGCAAUAUCUCUUUGAAUGACUGUCUGGACAAAAACAGUUGCAAACAAGGGAAAGGGAAGGUACUUGCAUAUUUCUUCAGCUAGUGAAUUGUCUUACGAAGCUGCAUCUGCUUAGUAAUCAAUUCCUCUGCAUUUGCCAAGUAUGGGAGUUUCAGCUUAGCAGAUGUAUGUCCUGUAAGAACGUGCAUUUUUCAUGGAGCUUGGGUUCUAAAUUUAGACUGCAGUCAAUUUAUGUUCUGUACUGCUAAGUAGAAA